UUUUGCCCGAAGGCAGCAAUAUUAUCCACAAAUAAAUUCUGUCCCUCAUGAAAUGUCUUCUCUUAUUGGAGAUGUUCAAUCAAUAACCAAAGUUUUCUUUUUCUCUCAAAAAAUUUUUAUAUUCUUUUAUAAAGACUCAAAUGUUUCCACCAAACAUCCAACCUUCCACAGAGGUAAUUAGAACUCCCCAAACAUUUGGGACAAUCCUUCAAUCACCCCCUGCCCCCCACCAACAAUUAUUAUUUCCCCAACAAUCUACUUCAAACAACAAUUACAUGCCCGAUUUGGCUUCUUCUCUAGCUGCACAUCAACAAUAUUUGUUGUUAGCACAACAGCAACAAUAUUUGGAGCAACAAAAACAACAGAUUCACUGUCAACAGCAACGUCAACAAAUUCCUUCUUCCUCAAUUGCCUCAACAUCUACUUCAAUCCCUUACGUCCAUCAAAACUAUCCCCAACAACAACCACAAACCUCCCAACAGCCCAUUUUUCCUCUAAAAGUUCCCAAUCAAAAUUUAGCCAGUUCUUCAUUUGAACACAAAGAAAAGCCUCAAUUAAUUCAAAAAAUGAAAUCACCCGAAAAUCCUAAAAUAUUGGCAGAAAAAGAAUUGGAAUUACAAGCUAAACGAAAAGCACAAGAAAAUGCUAAACAAAGUCAAUUAGUGCAAGAAGAUUUAGAUAGAAGACAGUUAAGUGCUAGAGAACGAACUCAAGGUAUACAAGAGAAAUUGCAAAGUAUUCCAGAUCCAAUACAUUUGGCCGGUUGCCAUACUUUAUCGAAAGUCAACAAUUUUAUUCCUUUCCCGUCAGAAACAAUUUCUUCAACAGCUUUAUCUUGUUUUGAUCAGCAUCAGGCACAAAUGGUUCUUUCAAAUAGAGACCCUUUAUUAGCUGAUUAUUUGGCAACUUUACUUUCUGAUUCAACUGAUAAUUUACGUGAAAUGUGA